UGGUUCUCUCAGCCACGCACCAUACAACGACACACACACACAAAAUACCACAACAAAAUUCUGGGCCAUUCAAACGCAGUGGACCUGGAGAGCCGCGCACAUCCGACGGAUCCCCGGCGUGGACAAAUUUGAAUCAGCCUCUUUGGGAUUUCUCUCCGCGCGUUUUUUCAUGGAGCACGCCGCUUUGCUGAGGUGUGUUUGAGCCCAAAUUCACUGAAUGGAAAGCAGGAGCACGGAGACACCGCCACGCUUCCCCCCAUCGUGCCCACCUUCUCAUCGGUGAGGUUUGCACACCCGAGCCGGUGUCUGCGCUCUGCCGGGCCGGGCCGGGCCGGGCGCGCGUCAUCAGGGAGGACCAAGGAUGGAGUCAUUUUUCGCAGAGGGUACCCGUGUUUGGGUCAAAGAGAAGGAGCAGCUUCUUCCUGCAACCGUGAACUCCUGUGGAGAUGGAACGCUUGUGGUCACUACUGAUUAUGGAGAGGUGCUUUACCUGCAGCAGGCCGAGGUCACCAGGGAGCAGGUGUACGCCAUGCACCAGACCAGCAUCGAUGGAGUGGAGGACAUGUCGGCACUGGCUGAGCUGCACGAGGCCGCCAUUAUGCACAACCUUUACAAGCGAUACCAGGAUGAUAACAUCUAUACCAAUAUCGGCAGCAUCUUGGCAGCUGUGAACCCAUACAAACAGGUCCCAGGUCUGUAUGAUCUGGACAGGGUCGAGCUCUACUCCAAGCAUCACCUCGGUGAACUCCCUCCACAUAUUUUUGCCGUCGCCAAUGAAUGCUAUCGCUGCAUCUGGAAAAGACACGACAACCAGUGUGUCCUCAUCAGUGGUGAGUCAGGGGCGGGGAAGACGGAGAGCACCAAGUUGCUGCUGCAGUUUUUGUCGGUUAUGAGCCAGAACUCUGCCGGGACUCCUCCGUCAGAGAAAACCACCCGCGUGGAGCAGGCCAUAGUGCAGAGCAGUCCAAUCAUGGAGGCUUUUGGUAACGCCAAAACUGUUUACAACAACAACUCCAGUCGGUUUGGGAAAUUCAUCCAACUUCACUUCUCUGAGAGCGGAAACAUCCAAGGAGGCUGUGUGGUGGAUUAUUUACUGGAAAAGAACCGAGUAGUGAGGCAAAACCCUGGAGAGCGAAACUACCACAUCUUCUAUGCUCUGUUGGCCGGGGCGUCCAAGGAACACAAAAGUCUCUACUUCCUGGAAGAUUCUGCAGAGGCGUUCCACUACCUCAGCCAAUCAGGAUGUCUGAAGGAUAAGAGCCUAAAUGACAAAGAGCUGUACAACAUGGUUAUGGAGGCGCUGAAGGUUUUAGAGUUUACAGAGGAGGAGAUCAGGGACAUGUUCAAGCUGCUGUCUGGCGUCCUGCAGCUCGGCAACAUUGAGUUCAUGACUGCAGGAGGAGCCCAGAUUACCACCAAACAAGUUGUCACUAAUGCUAGCGAGCUGCUGGGUCUGGACGCCUUCCAGUUGAACGAAGUCCUUACUCAGCGCUCCAUAAUCCUCAGAGGAGAAGAAAUCUGCUCCCCUCUCACGAUCGAGCAGGCCAUUGACUCCAGGGACUCCGUUGCCAUGGCGCUGUAUUCCCAGUGUUUCUCAUGGAUCAUCUUGAAGAUAAAUCAGAAGAUCAAAGGGAAGGAAAACUUCAAAUCCAUCGGCAUCCUUGACAUCUUUGGAUUUGAGAACUUUGAGGUGAAUCGGUUUGAGCAGUUUAACAUCAAUUAUGCCAAUGAGAAGCUUCAGGAAUAUUUCAACAAACACAUCUUCUCCUUGGAGCAGCUGGAGUACAACAGGGAAGGUGUUCAGUGGGACGCGAUUGACUGGAUGGAUAAUGCUGAAUGUCUUGAUCUGAUAGAAAAGAAACUGGGCUUGUUGGCUUUGGUGAAUGAAGAAAGCAGAUUCCCCAAAGGAACAGACUUUACUCUGCUGGAGAAGCUGCACAGUCGACACUCUACAAACCCAUAUUAUGUGAAGCCCAGAGUUGCUGAUCAUCAGUUUGGGAUAAAGCAUUAUGCUGGAGAGGUCCUGUACGAUGCCAGAGGAGUCCUGGAGAAGAACAGAGACACUUUCAGGGAUGACAUCCUGAACAUGCUGAAGGACAGCAGAUUGGACUUCAUCUAUGACUUGUUUGAGAAAGUUGGCAGUCGGAACAACGAGGAGAAGAUGGGAACAGCCAGACGCAAACCCACAGUGAGCUCCCAGUUCAGGGACUCCCUUCAUGCUCUCAUGGCAACACUAAGUGCAUCCAACCCUUUUUUCAUUCGCUGCAUCAAACCCAACAUGGAAAAGAAUCCGAAUGUAUUUGACCCAGAAAUCGUCCUGAACCAGCUGAGAUAUUCUGGGAUGUUGGAGACGGUGAAGAUCCGUCGAGCUGGCUUUCCCGUUCGCAGAACUUUCAAAGAUUUCUUCUCAAGGUAUAAGAUCAUUUUGAAAGACAAAGUUCCCACAGCGGGAGAUGACAAGAAAAGAACCACAGAUUUAUUAUUUAAAUAUGAUAAAACAAAGAAAGAGUGGCAGUUGGGGAAGACUAAGGUGUUCAUGAAAGAGUCUUUGGAGCAGCGACUAGAGAAGGACAGGGAUGAAGUCCGGCGUCAGGCUGCCAUGAUAAUUCGAGCUCACCUGCUGACUUUCUCUGCAAAGAAGCAUUUUAAGCGGGUGCGCGCCGGCGUCAUCACCCUACAGAAACACCUCCGGAGGCACAUCCAACGCGGACGGUUCGUGAAGCAGCGGAAGGCGGCGCUGGUGCUGCAGAAACACAGGCGAGGUCAAGUGGCCCGUUCCCGUGUCAAAAAGCUGAGAGAGGAGAAGAAGAAGAGGGAGGAGGAGGAGAAGAAGAAAGAGGAGGAGGAGAAUAAGAAGACGGGAGAAGCGAAGCAAGAGGAGGCGAAAGAAGAUGCAGAGAAGACAGAAAACAAAUCCGAUGAUCAAGUUCGUCAGAUGGAGGAGAUCCUUCAGCUUGAGAGGGAGAUUGAGCGCCUGCAGAAGAAGCGAGAGGACGAGGUGUCGCAGCUCUGCGAGUCCUCCAAGCAGGAGCUGCAGCUGCGUCGAGACGCCGAGCUCAAACGGAUGAAGAAGGAGGCCUCCCGCAAAGCCACCGAACUCAUCGACCUCCUCAAUUUUGGGGGCGUGGAUCCAUCUCUGGGAGCUGCCGAGGCAAAGCCCGCUGCAGAGAAGAGCCCCAAAAAAGCCAGAGCGGCUGCUGGUGCGUCCAAGGAGGAGGACGUGGACGAAGGUUUUCAUGCUGAGGAGGAGUGCAUUCCUUUACCUGACUUUCCUCCUCCUGCCGAGUCUGAUGCUCCGAUUGAUCAGGACAUUUUCGCUCACCUGCCUCCUCCUCCACCUGCUUUUGCAGAGGGAACAGUACCCCCUGCACCCCCAGUUCCUCCCACAGAUGGCACACCAGGUGGGAUUCCUCCUCCUCCUCCUUUACCUCCACCUGGAGAUGGUGCUGCUGUCCCUCCUCCAGCCCCACCGCCCCCUGGAGAAGAAAAGCAGAAAGAAGGAGCCAAGUCAGAGACAGAAAGGAAAGUGAGCAUGGUGGACAGCCUGGUGGACGGAGAGGAGCCGAUCUACAGCAUGCCGGCCGACACGGAGUCCGACUACGACCAGGAGGAAGAGGAGGGGUCGGUCACCGCUGGAGACGACAGUUCUGUCUCUGGAAGCAAUCGUGGGAGCACGGCGGUGACGGAUGAGGAGCACCCGAGGAAGUCGACCUGCACCAACGCCAGCAUCGAGUCGUACAGAGGGAGCUCUGACUCUUACGCAGACAGUGAUGAUGAACACGAUGGUCUGAUGGACACAGAUGAAGAAGUGACAAACGGGAGAGUGACUUUGCUUAACGGAAACGGGCCGCCUUAUUUCCACGGCUACCUCUACAUGAAAGCUGGCCUGAUGAUCCCAUGGCGGAGGCGUUGGUGUGUGCUUAAGGAUGAGACUUUCAUGUGGUUCCGGUCCAAACAAGAGUCUCUGAAGUCUGGCUGGCUCUACAAGAAAGGAGGAGGGCUCUCCACUCUGUCACGGAGGUUGAACUGGAAGAUGCGCUGGUUCGUACUCAGAGACAGCAAGCUGAUGUACUAUGAGAACGACAGUGAGGAAAAGCUUAAAGGGACUAUCGACAUUAAAGCAGCCAAAGAGAUCGUAGAUAACCACGAGAAGGAGAACGCCCUGAACAUUGUGACAGAUGAGAGGACGUAUCAGGUGUUUGCUGAGUCGCCAGAGGAUGCGAGUGGGUGGUUUAAAGUGCUUAGCAAGGUGCGAGUGUGCACUCCUGAACAGCUGCUGGACAUGUCCCACGAGCAGGCCAACCCCAAAAAUGCUGUGGGAACUCUGGAUGUUGGAUUGAUUGACUCCGUUUGUGCGUCAGACAACCCAGACCGGCCCAAUUCUUUUGUCAUCAUCACGGCCAACCGUGUGAUUCACUGCAAUAGUGACACGCCGGAAGAGAUGCAUCAUUGGAUCAGUCUACUACAGAAGCCCAAAGGAGAUGCUCGGGUUGACGGACAAGAGUUCCUAGUCAGAGGCUGGCUCCAAAAGGAGAUGAAGACAAACUCUAAAAGCACUUCCCUGAAGCUGAAGAAACGCUGGUUUGUCUUGACCCACAACUCCCUGGAUUACUACAAGAGCUCUGAGCGAAACUCCUCAAAGAUGGGAACUCUGGUGCUUAAUUCCCUCUGCUCCGUCAUUCAGCCGGAUGAGCGAGUGCACAGGGAAACAGGAUACUGGAACAUCAUAGUGUACGGCAGAAAGCAUUCCUACCGCCUUUAUACCAAGAUGCUGAAUGAGGCCAUGAGGUGGACAGCUGCAAUCCAGGGGGUCAUCGACAGCAAGACCCCAAUAGAAACUCCCACUUUGCAGCUCAUCAGAGACAUUAAGGAGAACAGCGUCAACCCAGAAAUAGUGGAGCAGAUGUACAGGAGGAACCCCAUCCUCAGAUACACUCAGCAUCCUCUGCACUCCCCGCUUCUGCCGCUCCCCUAUGGAGAGGUCACCAGCUUGCAAAGGCAACAGGGCUAUGCCAGCCUGCAGGAUGAGGCAGUGAGAGUUUUCAACUCACUGCAGGAGAUGGAGACGCUGGCAGACACGGUGCCCAUCAUCCAGGGCAUCCUGCAGACCUGCCAGGACCUUCGACCUCUUAGGGAUGAGGUUUAUUGUCAGGUGAUCAAACAGACCAAUCACGUGCCUCAGCCGAACAGCCCAGCCAAUCUUGCACACUGGCACCUCCUCACCUGCAUGAGCUGCACCUUCCUACCAAGCCGAGCCAUCCUGAGAUACCUCCGCUUCCACCUCAAGAGGGUACGCGAGCGUUACCCCGGAACAGAGAUUGAACGCUAUGCCGCUUUUGUCGGGGAAUCCUUAAAGAAGACCAAGACUCGUGAGUUUGUCCCGUCGCAGGAGGAGAUCGCCGCCCUGCUGGUGAGGCAGGAGAUGAGCACCACGGUGUACUGCCACGGAGGAGGCUCCUGCAAGAUCUCCAUCAACUCGCACACCACUGCUGGAGAGGUUGUUGAGAAGCUGAUCAGAGGUCUGGCUAUGGAGGACAGCAAGAACCUGUUUUCUCUGUUUGAACACAACUCCUUCAUAGAUCGAGCUCUGGAGAGCAGAGUGAUUGUGGCCGACGUUCUGGCCAAGUUUGAAAGGCUGGCAGGCAGCGAAGAAGAAGAGGAGGAAGGAGAGUGGAAACUGUACUUCAAACUCUACUGCUUCUUAGAUGUGGAGAGCAUGCCCAAAGAGGGCGUGGAGUUUGCAUUCAUGUUUGAACAAGCUCAUGAGUCUUUGAUAAGUGGUCACUUCCCAGCCUCAGAGGAGACUCUGCAGCACUUGGCGGCUCUACGCCUCCAGUAUCUCCAUGGAGACGGAGCAGGCCGGGUCGGAUGGAGCCUGGGAAGCGUGUAUCCCACCGGACGCCUUCGCAAUCGGAUCCUGCAUUCCACCAAACCGGGUGUUGGUGCAGCGGGUGGAGCCGGAGGACGGGGGAGUGGGGGGAUAGGAGAUGGAAUAUGCACGAUAGGACAGGGCGGAGCUGGGACGGGCACGGAGAAGCGAAAGACUCCCAGCUUCCUGGACGGCACCCUCAGGAGAAGUUUCAAAACAGGGUCGCUGAAGAAGCAGAAGGCGGAGGAGGAGCAAAUGCUGGAGAUGUGGGUCAAGGAGGAAACUUCUGCCACGCGAACAAGUGUUCUGGAGAAGUGGACCCGUCUGCAAGGCAUGCCGCAGCACCAGGCCAUGCUUAAAUACAUGAGCAUCAUUAAGGAGUGGCCCGGCUAUGGGUCUACUUUGUUUGAUGUGGAGUGUAAAGAAGGAGGUUUCCCUCAUGACCUGUGGCUGGGUGUGAGUGCUGAUAACGUGUCGGUGUAUAAACGAGGUGAACCCAAACCUCUGGAGACUUUCCAGUACGAACACAUCACCUUCUUUGGAGCUUCACAGCCCUGCACCUAUAAGAUCAUUGUGGAUGAGAGGGAGAUGUUUUUCGAGACUUCAUUGGUUGGAGAAAUCACCAAGAUCAUGAGAGCGUACAUCAACAUGAUGGUGAAGAAGCGCUGUAGCAUCAUGUCUGUAACCAGCGUUGGCAGUUCUUGGGCCAGGUGAUCAUCAUCGCCAACCAAUCCCAUCCCUGGGUGUACCCAUGCCACUGCCAUGGGCAGUCACAACAACCAGCUAAUUCCUUGUACUGAAUGAAAAUCUGCUGGCAAGUUUGAGUAGAAAAUGAAAAGCGGAGCAAGAAACCAUCUGAAAAAAAAAAAACUCAAGCAUGACAAAGAAACUGUUGGGAACAGCCACUUCAAAUAGAAAACCACCCAGCCGGAGUCCUGCAUGUAGAUGUUCAAGCACACUCCUACAUUCUCUGUUGUGGAAGAAAAGUCGUUAAUAAGAAGCACAAUUAACCCGCCCAACCCUGUCAGCGUCAGGUGGUUCCUUUUCCAGAUGAAAGCCUCAGUUAAAUUAUUACUCCACACCUCCUUCCUUCUCUUCGUCCUCCUCCAUCUUUUAUUUUCUAUUAUCUGCUUACAUUUAAACUCUUGACCAUUCCAUUGUUGAUCUGUCCCUGUCACUUCCCUGUGUCAUCCACAAGAAGAGAACUCUUCUUUUGAAUCUUGCUCAUCAGUGCCACCGUGUGGCCAAGAGUGGGAAGACAAACAUGAAACAUUUCUGGAAAAAAAAGGUGAAGUUUUGCUCCGGAUGUUCUUCAACUUGAUCAAGAGGCUUGCAAAUACUUGUGAUAACAGCUGUAUCUACAUAUAACAUAGACACAAAACUCUGUAUAGCCACAAACAACACAUACGCUAAGAUAUAUUUAAUGUUUUGUACUGUAUAUCACACACAACGAUUCAAAGUAUUGACAUUACUGCACUGUACAGACUACAGAUGCCACAAGCAAAGUGGCACAUUUAAUGUAAAGGUAAAUUGUGUUAAUAAUUAAUGUGACUUCACCAAAUCGUAUAAAACAGUAAAAAACUAUGGGCUGCUAAUAUCAUUUUUUAAGCCAUAUUUGUAAAGUUUUCCAUGGUUUUCUUUAUUUUACAAAAAAAAGAUUAGAAGAAAUUCAGGCAGAAAUACUUCAACCUCCAGUUUGUCUGUAACCCCAGCCUCCUGAUGAACUUUAAGACAUUUAUGACUAAUACCUUUAUAAUGUGAACCCACUAUCUUGUUGUCUGGAUUGCUGCCGUGUGUGUGAUUCUGUUCAUGGUGAUAUUCAAACUGUUGAAAAGUGGAAAAGAGUGCAUCAUAUGUAGUUACAUGACUAAUAAUAAUUAUUGCAAGGAACGGUGUUGUGAUUGUUGGUUAAAGGACAAAGUAUGGUAUUUCAAAGGUGGAUAACUAAGUUAAAUAUUAUUAUUAUGAAUAUUUAUUGUACAGUAUUUAUUGCAUUGUCUGUUUGGGAGGGUUGAAAAUACACUGGAAGUGUCCAGCCUCAGUGGAAGAUGAACACUGUGAUAAUACGGGCUUUGAAAUGAAUUGAUUGUGCACUUGGAAAUCUGAGAGUCAACAUUGCUUUGUGUGUAUGUGUGUGUUUUAGACUGUGAGGUGGAGAUGGAGUCACAUCGAAGUCUCUGGACAGUGUCAGAAUCAUAAAAAAAAACACAUACUGAGAUACCUAUACAAUUGUGCUCAUACGGUUACAGAUGCUGGAAAAAAUUAUGGUUUAUCGGUCAGUUUUCAGAGAAAAUGAAUGAUAACACUAAAAUGUUUUGCCAUUCGUAGUUAGUGGUUGGGUGAAAGUUUUUAUUGUCAAAAAAAAACCUGUUUACCCUUUAUAAAUCAUAAUGACAACAGAAACUUCAAAAGGUGACAUACCCCAGUUCUUUUGCAUCAAUAACAGCUUAAAGUCUCUUGUGAUCGUUGUGGAAGAGGUUCUUUCUUAUCUCUGAUAACAGAAAACCUCAAGUUCCUAUAAAUGAUUGGCCUUGAACUGCCUGUUUGAGAUCUCCUCAGAGUGGCUGAAAAAUACUGAAGUCAGGAGCGGAAAACCUUCACCUUAUUCUAUUGGAACCAAUGACAGGUGGACUUGUGUUUUGGAUCGUUGUCAUGUUGUAAUGUUCAAGUGCAUCCCAUGCACAACCUCAAAGCUAAAGAGUACUGCAUUCAUCUUGACAUCAAUGUUGUUGCUCAUACGUCCCCAAACCAUCAGUGUUCCACCUCCGUGUUUCACAGUGGAAAUAGUGUGAUUUUCAUCAUAUGAGUUUGUGGUUGUGGCCAAAAAGUUAAAAACUGGUCUCAACACUACAAAUUACUUUGGUCCAGAAGUUUAGAGCCUUGUCUCUGUGCUCUUUGGCGUAUUUUAACUGAGUUAAUUUGUGGCAUUUGGAAAAAAAAAAAAGUUUUUCUUCUGGUGACUUGACUAUUUUCUUUAGGUGUCUCCUUGUACAUCUUGACACAUCCAAAACACAGUUUUUCCCAGUGUCUUGGAUUACAGUUGACGUUAUUUGUGGGUUUUUCUUCACAUCCUUAGUUGUGGCAGAAAUGUUUGCUAUUUUUUUUUUUUUUUUUUUUUAGCAAAGUUUGUAUACUGCUGACUGGAAUUCUCAGUUCCUUGGAUAUCUUCUUAUAUUGCUUUUUUGUACUAUUUGGUUACCUUUUCCCAUAGAUUUUUUUUGGGGACAGCUCUUUAGCUUUCCUUGUGACUCAGGAUCCAAAAAUAUCAGUGGAUGAACGAUGCUAGGGUCUGUUGGGAGUCCAGAAACUCCAAGACCUUUGAACUGAUUACAGAAAAAAUGAGUAAUGGGUGAUGAUGGUUACCUUUCCCCAUAGAUUUUCUUAACAGCUCUUUAGAUCUCCCUAUAAUUCAGGAUCCAGAAUUGUUAGUGGAUGAUAGAUUUGAAGGGUCUGUUGGGGCCCAGAAAUUUCAAGACCGUUUGUGGACACACACUGAUUAAAGGCAAACAAGUCAGGGGUGAGGAUGGUUACCUGUAGCUGUCAUUCAAACCCUUUUGUAUCAGUUAGUGUGCGUGUUUUUGGAACUAAGUCAUAAGGGUAUAUACAUUUUAAUAGGGUCACUUGGAAAGUUUAUGUUGACAUGAUUUAAAAAGGGUGAAUAGAAUUUUCUGACAAUAAAAAAUGACCAAGAAAUUAUAAUUUCUUCCUGGGUAAAUAAACUUAUGGGUACGAGUGUAGGCAAAUUAAAUCCUGACAAUAAAAUGUUCCACUGCAGAAAUCUGACCCAAAACAUUUUUAUUUCAACACCAGUAAGAAGUAAAGUUGAUGUUUUUCAAGUAGAGACAAACAUUUUUUCUAAUAUUUUUUUUUUUCAUACACAUUUCUACAUUAAAAAAAACCUUGAAAUGUUCUACAAGUUAAUAAAUUUAAAAUUCACAGUAUAAUACAUGCUCUACAUCUCCUGAAAAAUCAGUGAAAUCACUUUUUUUUCUCCACUGGGAUCUUAAAAACGAAUUUUCAAAAUAGUUCCAGUUUGAAGGAAGUUCAGUUUAACAGUUGAUCGUCCUGAAACAGUGAGUUCUAAGAUCUUUAGGAUUUUGAAUCUGUCUGAACUUGCCCUUAAGGUGUUGUAUCCAAGGGCAACUUCAUUACUAAAGGUCCUAUUAUCAGCCGCAGGCGGCCAGAAUGGGGCUCAAUCUAAUCUUUGGUUUAUGCUUAUAUUUACCUUGUAAUUUGUUGUGCUUGUUUAAAAAAAUACAAAAGAAGAGAAAGUCAGAUGUGUUCUUUUUUAUUGUAACUGCCUUUACAAAGUUAUGCUUUAUUAAUUUAUUAACAAUUGUCCUCUAUUUAAUGUUUCCUUUGCAAACCAGAAAACAGUGUUUUUACUUUGUUUUCACUCAUUGUGUUUUGCACAAAUAAACCAACUUUAAAGGA